AUCCCAUUGGUUCAUGUCACUGCAGUGUGCCUCCCCUCAGGCCGCCGCACAGGAAAGCCUUCGGUCCUGCUGUUGUAGCGGAGGGAGGGAGGGCAUCUCUGCUGUCUCCUCGGCCUCGUCCUGCUGCACCGGAGCGGACCUGGACGGCGCACCCGCCCUCUCUGCAAGCUUUGGCGGUUCGAUAUGUUUUCUGUGCAGCAGUAAGGAGGAGGAGGAGGAGGAGGAGGAGACGGUGUGUGUGUGUGUGUGUGAUUUCUGAGCUACUGUUUGGUCCUCAAGGGGAGGAGCCAGUUGUUGAUUCUACGCUGCAAAGAGAAGGCGCCGUGCAGAGAGGUUACCGGUGAAGAGGAGGCCUGAAACGAUGAGGGACAGCCAGCCAGUUCAGGACUAGCUCAGAUCGAGGGAACUGCAUUGGAGGUACAGGAGGACGAGGAGGAGGAGGAAGAGGGAAAGAAGCCCGAAGACAGACAAAAGAAAAUCACAUGACCAAGGCCUCGGAAAGGUUCCAAAUUAGUGAUGCUCCCCUUGGGCUGGGAUUACCUCCUCCCCAUCGUCUACCUCCCCUUCACUCCUGCUCUUCCUCCCACAUACAGCAGAGCAGCAGUCCAGCUCCAAGACUCUGAGCCGUAAGAGCUCACUGCGCUCAUCCACCCACGCACGCACACACACACACACACACACGCACACACACACACGCACACACACACACACACACACGCGCACACACACACACGUCUGCAUCCUGCUCAUGGUCGUUGGCCUGCCCUCCUCAGCUGCUGCUCCCGCUUCAGUUGUAGACCAUGAAGAGGCCCAAGCAGCAGACGGGGCCGCUGAGUUUCCUGAACUUUUUCAGCAGAAAGCCCAAAUCGGAGCCGAGGCCCGUGGAAGCCUGGCCCAAAGAGGAGGUAGCCAUCACCCUGACCCCAAGCGAGCAGCCGGAGCAGGACCUCAGCCUCACAGCGGAAAAGGCUGGAGAAUCAAGAGUUUCUGGGGGAGAAAGAGGAGAAGGAGGAGGAGGAGGUCCGGCAGCGGCGGCUGAGGCGGGCGAGGACUGUGUCGCCACAGCUGAGUGCGUGGGUGGGGUCAGCAGCGUCUCCACCGGCGUCCUGUCCCUCUCCUCCUGCAGCCAAGAGCAGCUUUUGGAUGAACACCUGGAGGAGUGCCCACUGUGUCUGCUCAGUCAGCCCCGUUGCCAUUUCCCACGACUCACCUCCUGUUCUCACCGAACCUGCUCCGACUGCCUCCGCCAGUACCUGCGCAUUGAGAUAUCAGAGAGCCGGGUGAGCAUCGCGUGCCCGCAGUGCUCCGAAACACUGGCGCCGCUGGAUGUCCGUGCCAUCCUGGAUGACCGGGCGCUGCUGGAGCGGUUUGAGGAAUACCACCUAAGACGUUACCUGGCUGCUGAUCCAGAUACACGUUGGUGCCCUGCGCCUGACUGCAGCUACGCAGUGAUAGCUUACGGCUGUGCAGAGUGUCCCAAGCUGAGCUGUGGGCGUGAGGGAUGUGACACGGAGUUCUGCUACCACUGUCGACAACUGUGGCACCCCAACCAGACGUGUGACCAGGCCCGGCGCCAGCGAGCCCGCCACACCUCAGGUGGCAACGAUGCCUCCACGCUGUACGUCUUCAAUGAAGAACCCGGAGGAGAGGAGAUCAAAGCCUGCCCUCGCUGUGGUGCCUACAUCAUGAAGACCAACGACGGCAGCUGUAACCGCAUGAACUGCACUGUGUGUGCCUGUCAGUUCUGCUGGCUGUGUAUGCAGGAGAUCACCGACGUGCACUACCUCAGCCCCUCAGGAUGUACAUUCUGGGGGAAGAAGCCAUGGUCUCAAACCCGCAAGGUUCUGUGGCAGGUGGGCAUGUUGCUCGGAGCACCGGUGGUCAUCUCCCUCAUAGCGGGCAUCGCCAUCCCAGUAAUCAUUGUGGGCAUACCAAUCUACAUGGGCCGCAAGGUCCAUGGUCGCUGUAAGAAAAACAAUAUCUCAGGAAGUAAGCACUACUUGACUGUGGCGAGUGGGGUGAUGAUGUCAGUGUUUGUGUCGCCGGUCAUAGCAGCUGUCACUGUGGGUGUGGGUGUGCCGUUAAUGCUGACUUAUGUCUAUGGGGUUGUCCCCAUGUCACUCUGUAGGAAUGGUUGGUGUCGACCACAAAGUGAGCCCCCCGAAACACACAAAAUCCAACUGGAGGAUUUAGCCAGCUAUCUUCUAUUCUCUCAUGUAGUCAGUGACCACUGGACGGGUCAGAACAACCCAACUCUCAGCGACACCAGCGUCCAGGAAGUCAGAGUCAGUGUACAGGAAGUGGGCGUUCUCCCCACUACAAGCACUACGCCCACGGGGCUAGAUAGUUAUGUGGAACUGGAUGAAGCCACAACACACCAUGGAUACACCCAGCAGGACAACCAGUCAGACUGCGAGGUGGUUACUGUGCCUGACAGUAAGCUUGAUGACACACAAGCGCUUCCUUUGAGAGAAGGAACCAAUAUUGAGGUCCGUGUGGAAAUUGAGACCCAUCCGAGAGGCGCCCGCCAGUCCAGCCUAAGUAGCAUCCUUUCUAGCCGAAGCUUGUCAGUGGAGUCCCUGGGACACUCAAAGUCCCAGUCCCAAGAAUACCUGUGUGCCUCAGAACUGGAAGAGAAACAAGAGGGGGGAGGAGGAGGAGGAGAAGGAGAGGAACAGGAGGGAAGAGAGAAACCAGGAGGGGAAGCAGGAGGAGACGAAGGGACAGUUUUCCCAGUCUUUGAAAUAGACGGUGUAUGAGGUCCUCCAAUGCAGGCUUUGUAUUUGGUUGAAGAUUAGUCAGGUUUAUAGACACAAACAAAUCCAUGAGCCGACGUGUCACCGGACUGACCCGAAAACUGUUAUCCAAGGCCACCUCCUGCUUUUAAGACAGGCCCUCCCACCAGUUGCCUUGUAGCUCCAGCCUCUAAGGAAGACGCGGGUUCAGAGAGAGCAAAUGAAAAACAUGAGAGUGUGUGUACGAGUGUGUGUAUGAGACAAAUAGCAUGAGACUAUGACAUGAAAAUUAGAGAGGUAUAAACUGUAAAGCAGACAGGAUAGCAUCCGUCAGCGAAUCCAAAACAGAAGUGACUGAGAGCAUGUUAGCUGACUAAUUCAGUCUGUUUUUUUCUGUGUUGUCCUUUCUGAAAGAGACUACCUUACUUCCCCUCUAUGAUAAAUCUAUUUCAUGAAGCCCUUUCUUUGUCUGGCUGUAUAUUUACACUUCUUGUAGUGACCCCAACUCCCUCUCCCUUUACAAAUAAAGAGACCCCCCACAAGCAUGAUUUGUUUUACGGGGAAUUAAGAAUCUUACAACUUUCCUGUCACCAAGUAAAUAUCAAAUACUUCUCAAGCCAAAUUGACAUCAGGGGUGAUUUUUUUUCUCCCUUCAAAGAUAUUUGAGAUGCAGUGGUCCCACUUGAAUUGGGCAGCCUUAAACAGACGUCGCAUGCUUCACUGUUAGUCUUUUGCAAAAGAGGUCCAGUUGGAAAUGACAUCUUAAAACUGCUAAAGCCUGUAACUGUUGCUCUCUAUUGGAGUCAAAAGUGCUCUGUGACAUUAUGGCUGGUGAUCGAAUUGACUGGAGGUCUUAUAAAUACCAUAAAUUAUCACAAUUAAUCUCAAAUCCACAGUCUUCCAUGGAAGCAGACAUGGGCUAAUGUCACUUUUGCUUUGUUUCUGUGCAGCUUUUAGCCUUUAAGAGGCUAUUUCCUCUUAAACUAUUGAGGGAGCCACGGCUUCUCUUUGUAAAAAUGCUCAUUCUAAUGCAGAUACUAAUGUGCAUUAGUGACAACAACGUGGCAGCAACACUGCAGUCCUUUUCUGAAGAGGUCUGAAUUUAAAAGUAGCUGCAUGAUCCUACUACUUGCUGUGUAUCCAGGAUAACACAUGAACACAAAAGCAGAUUCACAUGCACUCUUGCUCUCUCUCUCUCUCUCUCUUUCUCUCUCACACACAGACACACACACACACACUUAUGCUCACACGCGAAGAAGUGAAGAGUAACUGCAAUAGUGUGUGCUGCUGAGAGCAUUAAAUAUAAUCUAAAGACCCUCUCAAAUGAUCACAGAGCACUAAAGUUACAACAGCAUGCCACCUCAGGCUAAACUCUAAUAACCCCGUCUAGACAAUUUCUGAGAAAUACAUGACUAUACACGCUCUACUUAUCUUCCUGAGUGUGAAAUACCUGUGAGAGUUGAACUCGAAAUGAUAACCUGUGCUGGGUUGUGGAAAGAAAUUCAAUAAAGAUUUCACCAUGAAGGACGCAA